AUGGAUCGUCAACCAACAGCCAUAUCCACCACAACCCAAACUUCUCCCCCAUCCGAAGGUACACAGCACAAACUCGUCAUUCUUUCCAAGCUGACGUCGGAAUCUGCAGUUCCAACUUCCCCAUCCGCUCAAGCUGGUGCCGACCGUUGCAUGCGCCACACGAAUAGCUGGACACCUUCAUUUCAGCGUCGACAGAGCUGGAGUCCUGAGGAGCGAAAGCAUGAGAUGCACAUGGACAAGAUUGGGCAGGUCAAUACUGGGCCUGGAUUCACAGAACGUGAGGGUGCUUGA